GUGUGUGUGUGUAGGAAGAGGCAUUCGCUCUCUUAGACCUUGCUUCUUUCUGUGGUUCGGUUUCUAUAGAGACACUUCCUGUGGCAGAGAAAAGAGGUAGUGAGCUGGUGUUUCAGGAUGUGAGGGCCCGCAGGAGCGGAGCCGGGCUCUCUCUGUUGCCUGCCUGCCACCGUGCAAGCUCUGGCCGGGGCUGCCCACAGUCCCCAUGGUGGGCUCUCCUCACAGCAGGGACCCGUGAAGAGCGGCGGCAUGCCAGGGAAGCCCAAGCACCUGGGUGUCCCCAACGGGCGCAUGGUUCUGGCUGUCUCAGAUGGAGAGCUGAGCAGCACGGCGGGGCCUCAGGGCCAGGGCGAGGGCCGAGGAAGCUCCCUCAGUAUCCACAGCCUCCCUAGUGGCCCCAGCAGCCCCUUCCCCACCGAGGAGCAGCCUGUGGCCAGCUGGGGCCUGUCCUUCGAGCGGCUGCUGCAGGACCCGCUGGGGCUGGCUUAUUUCACUGAGUUCCUGAAAAAGGAGUUCAGCGCUGAGAAUGUAACUUUCUGGAAGGCCUGCGAGCGCUUCCAGCAGAUCCCAGCCAGCGACACCCAGCAGCUUGCUCAGGAAGCCCGCCAUAUCUACCAGGAAUUCCUGUCCAGCCAGGCGCUGAGCCCAGUGAACAUAGACCGGCAGGCCUGGCUAGGCGAGGAGGUGCUGGCAGAACCCCGACCGGAUAUGUUCCGCGCGCAGCAGCUCCAGAUCUUCAACCUGAUGAAGUUUGACAGCUACGCGCGCUUCGUCAAGUCCCCGCUAUACCGCGAGUGUCUCCUGGCGGAGGCCGAGGGACGCCCCCUGCGGGAACCUGGCUCCUCCAGCCCGGGCAGCCCUGACUCCACGAGGAAGAAGCCGAAGCUGAAGCCCGGGAAGUCGCUGCCGCUGGGCGUGGAGGAGUUGGGGCACCUGCCGGCUACUGAGGGCUCUGGGGGCCGCCCCCUCCGCAAGUCUUUCCGCAGGGAACUGGCAGGCGGAGCCCCAAACUCGGCCUUACGCAGAGAGUCCCAGGGCUCCCUCAACUCCUCUGCCAGUCUGGACCUUGGUUUCCUUGCCUUUGUCAACAGCAAAUCUGAGCAGAGCCACCGGAAGAGCCUUGGGAGCACAGAAGGUGAGAGUGAGAGCCGGCCAGGGAAGUACUGCUGCGUGUACCUGCCUGAUGGCACAGCAUCCUUGGCCCUGGCACGACCUGGCCUCACCAUCCGUGCCAUGCUGGCGGGCAUCUGUGAGAAACGAGGCCUCUCUCUACCUGACAUCAAGGUCUACCUGGUCGGCAAUGAGCAGAAGGCCCUGGUCCUGGACCAGGACUGCGCGGUGCUGGCGGACCAGGAAGUGCGUCUGGAGAACAGGAUCACCUUUGAGGUCGAGUUGGUGGCUCUGGAGCGCGUGGUGCGGGUCUCCGCCAAGCCCACCAAGCGGCUGCAGGAGGCGCUGCAGCCCAUUCUGGCGAAGCACGGCCUGAGCCCGCAACAGGUGGCGGUGUGCCUGCCAGGUGAGAAGCAGCCGCUGGAUCUGGGGAAGCUCGUGAGCUCGGUGGCGGCCCAGAGACUGGUUUUGGACACUCACCCAGGUGUGAAGAUUUCCGGAGCUGGAGACGUAGCCCAGCGCUGCAGCCAGGGUGGCCAGCCUAGAGCCCAGAACAAGGCCACCCAUCCCCCUCCACUGUCCCUCAACUCGCUGGCUGAGGCGCCCAGUAGUAUCCCUGGGAAGCGGCAGACCUGUGACAUUGAAGGCUUGGUGGAGCUGCUGAAUCGAGUGCAGAGCAGUGGGGCCCAUGACCAGAGGGGCCUUCUGCGCAAAGAGGACCUGGUGCUUCCAGAAUUUCUGCAGCUGCCAACCCAAGGGCCCCAUUCCCAGGAGGCCCCACCACAGACUGUAUCAGAGGUCCAGCCCAAGGGGGACCCCUCGGACUCCACAGCCCACGCGGCCCUCUGACACCCGCCCAGCAGUCCAGGUCAGCUGCACGGCACCUGGCGGGCCAAGCAUGCUGUGGGCCCGCUCUGCAUGCUCUGUCUGUGCCAUGAGUGUCCUUGGCCCCUUCCUGCCACGGGCAGGCCCGCAGGAAGAGCUGGAAGGCAGUGGAGAGCGGGCUCAGAGGAGCCACACCCCACAGCUGCCACCACUCGGUCCCUCAUCGCUUCACUCCCUCAACCCUUGCUGCCAGGCCACUGAGGGGAGGUGGGGCUAGCCUCCCCAGUACAGGCAGGCCCAGCACAGAGGGGCAGCGUUGGAGUGCGAGCCUCCCCACCCAGGGCAGAGCCUCAGUAGGGAGCAGGACGAAGGGCUGGCCCCUCGGCAGGGACCUGGUAUGAAUAAGUCCUGGGGGUGCAGGUGGGCAGCUCCUCACUACUCACACAGGCGCUGCUGUACGUACAGAUUUUGAAGUUGGCCUGGGGCAGCUGGGUUUGUCCUGGAUGUAUGAUAUUGUUAUUAUAAUAGUAAUUAUUAUUCUCCCAUGAAGUGUGUUCCUUGUGUGCCUGUCUACCCUGGGUACCCCCCCCCCCGAAACUGCACUGCCUCUGUCACCAAGGUUAGUGCCAGGAAGCCCUUGGGGACCUUAGGAUGUGCCCCCUGACUUCCUGUUGUCAGAACUUCUCUUCCUGACUGCACAGAGUAUUGAGGUGUGAAUAUGAGAGAUAAGACAGAGACAGGAGGGACGGAGGAAGGGGAAGGAGGGGAAGACCCUUCGGGGGAGCCGUGCCUGUGCCCCCUGUCACCAUGCUGUUCCUCAGUCUCUGGAUCUGAGCAGAGUACAGCAUCUGGAUGUCGUCCUCUGCUUCUAGUGGGGCUCGAGUGUCUGCAGACAUGGCUGUGGGCUCCUUUGGACACAUCUUAAGGGCCUUGUGGAAAUACUGGUUGUUGCACUGGGGGCAGGUUUUGCUUCUUGUCUGCUUUGGCUGGGUGGUCAUCCCUGUCUCUAGGCAGCCCACACAUUGAGGGGGAGCAGGGAGGACCUCCCAGAAGGAGGGCCCAGUGUAUGGGCAGAGAAGCCAGACUCAGGCCUGGUGCUGCUGAGCUAGAGGAAACCAGGGGACAUGAGGACCUCGAGGGGACACCUGAGGAGUGAGGGGCCCUCCUGACCCUGAGGUGGUCAAGAUCUCUUCCCCACUCCAGUUCUUUGUGCUUGCUGUCCCCUCUGCCAGGAAUUGGCGCCCUCCAUCAUAGCACCUCUUCCUUGAAAUUCCUGAGACAGAUCAGUUGGGUUUGCUGGCCCAUCAUGCCUUUCUCCAGAAGUUGAACCCAAGCUUUUCUUGGGGGCCUUCAGCCUUUUGCUCCCUCUACCCAUUUUGCUUGGCUGGGUUGACCAGAACCCUUAGCUGCUGGGGGUGGAGGUGGGCUCAUGACGCAGGCCUGGCCAAUCAGAGUUUGGUGCAGGGACAAUUCUCUGACCUCAGUCAUGGUCAUCUACCAUCUCCCGGGGCUUUGAGUAGAUUAUGCAGGGAGAGAACCUGCAUGUCAGUGAAGCCAACACAGGACAGCGGGACUGAGAGAUAGAAGGAGAUUCCUGACCAAAGCUACCUGAACACCUAAAUUCACCCAGGCUUGAAGUCACCCACCCUAGAUAUCCUCGUUUAGGAAAGGCAACACAUUCUUUUUGCGUGCAUGUGCCUGUGGCUCUGAGUAGGUUUUCUAGGACCAGCAACCGCAAAAGUCCUACUUCAUCAUUCAGCCUGAACACCUCAGCGGAGCCUUCCCCAGUCACAGAUGCUGUGGUCUAAAUGCUUGUGUCCACCAGCACCCCCCAAAUCCACAUGUUGAAAUCCUAGUCCCAAGGUGAUGGUAUUAGGAGGUGGAGACUUU